AUUGCCACAUUAGCCUAGUAUUAACCAGUUUAAAACCGAUGACACAAUGCUGCGAAGGAAACGUUCCUGCUUACCGUCGCUUUGUUGCUGCCACCGGAGAAUUUAAGCCAUCGUUUGUUGGUGUUGCGCUUGCUGCUGCUGCAUCAGCUGCAUAAUUUGAAUGAGCAGAGCUCGGUGCUAACUUGGUCUUGUGCUUCGUGAGAAGGCUGUCCGGGGAGGAAACUGGAACGUAAAGCAACCUCCAAGAGCGUAGGCUUGGACUUGGCUGGAUCAAGGCAAUAUUAAUGACACUAUGUUGCUGGUGACGUUUCAUUUGUAGUUCAAUAAUGUAGAUGUAGAUAUUCUACCAUGGCGACCGGAGUCUGCAUAACCUGCAUCAAGUCCAUCGGAUCGGAUGAACCAUCGCUCACGAUUAGCGCCAGCCAAGAUGUGCAGAAUGCCCUGAGCAAACAUUUUUGGUUCGGUGAAGAUCAAUGCCUCAGAAGUUUUAUUUGUCAGCAAUGUUGGCAUAAAAUUGACGAGUUCAACCGAUUCUACUGUGAGGUCGAACAGCUACACGCCCAACAGACGUACCCUCCGAUACAUCUGCUGGAGAUAAAGCAGGAAGUAAGCCUACAUCAGUUCAUUCCGGAGCUGGAGGAACCCGAUCAACUGGAUACCGGUGAAAUCAAAGGUGAAGCCGUGAAUGAGAAAAUACCCGACGAUCAGAGUGACGAAAACGACGAUGAUGGCGAAGGGGACUCCGCCAAAAACAUCUCUUCAGAUGACGAUGAUCAUGAUUCUGAUUUCAAAACUAAACAUCAGAAGUUGGAAAAAGUCGACGUGGACCAGAUUCAACAGUUCAUAACGGCAAAUAUCAAACUGGAAUGUACCGUUUGUUCGGAGAAGAGCGGAACGUUCGAAGAUCUUCAAAGGCAUUCCAUGAUGCAACACGAAACGCGGGCUCGUGUGUUUUGUUGUGAGCAAAAGUUCAUCAACGGCUACCGACUGAAUGGACAUGUUCAGUUUCAUCUGAAUCCAGAUUCCUUCAAAUGUUCACACUGUUCAAAACAGUGUCCCAACAAAGAAGCAUUGAGAAGGCACAAACAAAAGGUCCACACACCGGAGGAAGAGAAGAAGUAUCAUUGUAAGGUUUGCCCGAGAAAGUUUACGGCUCGGAAUGCACUGUCACUACACGUAAAGAAUCACGCAGAAACGGAUCCAAACGACGACGGUCAACCAAGAAAGAGUCACCGUGCGAACCGAACCAAACGGGUUAUGGAUAAUGAGAAGAUGAUUGCCGAAAAUGUUAGCCUGGAAUGCGAUUCGUGUCAGAAGAAGUUCGAUACGUUCGUAAUCCUGCAAAAGCACUCGAUGGCAGAGCAUAAGAAGCUCUCGUACGUAUUAUGCUGCGGUAAGAAGUUCAACAUGAAGCCACGUCUCGUCGACCAUGUGCGUUUCCAUCUGGAUCCGACCACGUUUCAGUGUAAGGUCUGUUUCAAGAAUCUCCCGCACACUGAAUCGUUGAAGAGACACAUGGACCGGAACCACACGUCGGCGGAGGCAAAAACGCUCAAAUGCAGCAUGUGUCCGAAGAUGUUUUCGCACAAGCAAUUACUAAACACUCACGAACGGUAUCACAACCGAAGCUGGCACUGCGAGAUCUGCGACAGGCGGUUCAUAUGUGAGGCUGUAUUGAAGCAACAUCAUCGCUCGGUUCACACCAAGGAGCUAAACUACGUGUGCCACAUAUGUGCCAAGACGUUCCACGUCUACUCGUCCUAUCGAUCCCAUCUGCAAUCGCAUGACGAGCGGGUGAAACCACAAAGGCGCCCGGUACAAUGCCCAGUAUGUGGGGCCAUGACACCCGAGCUGUCCCACCACAUGCGUUUGCAUUCCGGGACGAAAACGUGCGAACUCUGCGCUAAGGUGUGCAAGAACGUGAUGGCCUAUCAGUACCACAUGCGGCAGCACGAGACCGGGGAUUUCGUUUGCUCGGUUUGCGGAAAAGGAUUCAAAAGGGAUAUCACGUUGAAGGAACACAUGGCAUCGCAUACGGGCGAGGUACUGUAUAGUUGCGACUUCUGUGAGCGGACUUUCAACUCGAAUGCCAACCGGGCGGCCCAUCGGAAGAAGAUGCAUCCCCAACAGUGGCUCGAGGACAAGCUGAAGAAGAAAGCCGCUAGGCAGCAAGCUCCGGUGGGUGUGACGGGACAGGCGGAGUGAGGAUAUGGAUGCAGUGUUUACAAAAAUGACACGGACUCCAGUCGGGACUACACAUUGGAUGCAGCCGUCUCCAAGGAUGCCUGCAACGGACGAGCUCCGUUGCUACACGAUCCUACCAUCUUCGGCGGAAG